AUGGCAUCUCGGGAAAGACUCUAUGAGCUAUGGAUGCUGUACUGUAGCAAACCCUCAUUCACACCUGAGCCACUGACACACACAGUGUUUGACAAGCCACGCCCCUGUUCCCGCCUCCUCACAGUAAAUGGACAGGCAAGUGCAGCAGCCUAUUGCUGCCCUGUGAUCAGUGGCCUCAGGAUCCCUCCCCUCAACCCAGAACUUCGGGGAAACAGAGCAGAUCGUCUAGGAGCUGGCGGUGGUAAUGUGGACCCUAGUGGUAUCCAAUCCGCUAGCCCCAUGCCCUCCUGUAUGGGUGCCUCCAUCAGCUUGCCGGCUGCUGUGGAGACACCCAAAGACCCUGUCUACCUGCGGCUGUGGUUGGACAGUUUUGUUUCCAGCUAUGAACAGUUUCUGGAUGUUGACUUUGAUGAGCUUCCGACCAGGAUUGAUGAUGAACCUCCAGGAUUAUCACUGCUUCCAGAUCAUCUACUGCAAGUGCUCAGGCUCCAGCUGCUGUAUUGUGUGCAGAAAACCGCUGAUGGCCUAGAAGAGGAACAGCAGACACUUUCACUAUUGCUUGUGAAAUUCUUCAUAAUCAUUUGCAGAAAUCUGUCCAAUGUAGAGGAGAUUGGCUGCUGCUCAUACAUUAAUCAUGUAAUUACAAUGACAACACUUUAUGUCCAGCAGUUGAAAAGUAAAACUAAAGAGAAAGAAGUCACAGACCAAGCCCCUAUUGAAGAAUUUGUGAGACAUGCUUUGGUGUUUUGUGAAAGCCUCUAUGACCCAUAUCGAAAUUGGCGACAUGUUGUGUCAGGAAGAAUAAUUAGCCCAGUGGAGAAGAGCAGACAAAAGUACAAAGCUGCCCCCCUUACAGUGGAAUUCAUACCUUUCUUUUACCAAUGUUUUCAAGAGAGUGAACAUCUUAAAGAAAGUUUAAAAUGUUGCCUAUUACACCUUUUUGGAGCGGUUUUGUCUGGAGGACAAAGAAACGCCCUACAAGUCAUUUCUCCUGCCACAAUGGAAGUUUUGAUGCGUGUAUUAGCAGAUUGUGACACUUGGGAUGAACGGGACCCUGAUGAAGUAAGCCGUAAAGCAGAGCUAACCCUUACGUGCCUGACAGAGGUUGUACACAUCCUACUUGUGAGCAGCUCUGACCAGCGACAAGUGGAAAUCAGCACAAUUUUAGAGAACUACUUCAAGCUGCUUAAUUCUGACCAUUCAGCCUUACCGGGACUGAUAAGAUCCAGACAAUGGGAGAGUAGGUUCAUCACACUACAGAUAAAGAUGCUAAGUUGUAUGACUGAUAUGUUAAGCUGCAGAGACAGGCCGGUACUGCAAACAAUUUUCUUAAACAGCAACUGCUUUGAGCACCUAAUCAGACUUCUGCAGAAUUGUAGGCUCUUGUUAAACGCUAACACUAGAGGGGCAGACAAGAGUGAGAAAGACCUUGCCAACAAAUUACUGACAGAAAUGAAUGAAUAUCAGGUGUUUCAGGAACAGUUAGACUGUUUGUGUGUCUCAACAAUUAAAGCAUUUACAGCUGUGAAACACAAAUCUCCUGCGGCAAAGGAAGUAUUUAAGGAAAGAAUUGGUUACACUCAUUUGCUUGAGGUGCUAAAAUCUCUUGGACAGCCAUCUCGAAUGUUACUUCAGGAGCUUCUUAACAUGGCUGUGGAAGGUGAGCAUACUUCUGUUGGGAUUUACGGCAUCAGUAAUGUCCAGCCCUUGCUUCUCCUUGUACAGUGGCUUCCAGAAAUUGUGUCUCAUGAUCUACAGAACUUCAUCUCUGACUGGUUAAAGAGGAUCUGCUGUAUAAAUAAGCAGAGUCGGACUAUGUGCGUCAAUGCCAGCAUGGUCAUUCGGAUUAUCGGGACACUCACUGCUCACUAUUCCUUGCACCGAAUCUGUGCAGAAAACCUAAUCAGCCUUUUGGGGUCAUUGGGCAGCCAGUCAAUGAGCUCUGGAGAACUCUUUCAUCUGAUUGCUAUGCUGAGGACAGAUGAACUCAAGAAUAACCACCCUUAUGUUGUUCCUGUGACUCGAGCCAUGCUCACCAUUGGCCGUAAGCAGGGAUUUGAGAGUGCCUUGCAGUACUUUAACUUGUCCCAUAGUUCAUCAGGAAUCGCUGUACCCACCAUCCAGAAAUGGCCUGGCUCUGCAUUCACGUUUACUGCCUGGUUUUGUCUUGACCAAGACCAGUCCACUAUUGGAAUUUCUGGCAGUGGGAUGAAAAGAAAACAGCUAUAUAGCUUCUUUACCAGCAGUGGUAUGGGGUUUGAAGCCUUUAUCACAUCCUCUGGAUUCCUGGUCGUUGCGGUAUGCACCAAAAAAGAAUACACAACUGUUCAAUUACACGAGGUCUGCUUCUGUGAUUCUUUGUGGCACAGUGUCACAAUUGUCCAUGCACCAGGAAAAAGGUCUUUGGGAUUCUUUGGACAAAGCAAUGUCCACAUAUAUGUUAAUGGACAACUGAAAAUCUCACCCCCUCUCAAGUUUCCUUCUAUGGGUGAACCAUUUACAUUUUGCUGCAUUGGAUCUGCUGGCCAAAAGACCAACACACCACCCCCUUCUCAGAUCCCAGACCCACCCAUUUCCCCACCAAGUAACACAAGUCGGUCAUCAUUGGGUAGUAUUUUGUCCUCACCCUCCAGGAGUGCCUCUCAAGGAAAAAGUGAUUGCACAAAAGUCAUUUCUGCAGGCACUCAGGAUAGUGAAUGGGGGACUCCAACAUCACUUGAGGGUCAGCUUGGAUCAGUUCUCAUAUUUCAUGAUGUAUUGCAAACUGCACAAGUGAAGGCACUGUAUUUGGCUGGUCCUAAUAGCUUGAAUCCUUGGAAAUCAGGAGACUCUGAAUUAGCAGACAUACCUAGCAAGCUUCUCCUUUACUACACUCCAAAGGCUUGUGGAAAUACCAUCUGCCUUGAUUUAUCACAAAACCUUCUGAACGGACGAUUGACAGGGAACAAAGUUGUGAACUGGGACAUUAAGGACAUGAUUAACUGCAUUGGUGGACUAAAUACAUUAUUUCCACUGUUGGAACAGAUCAGCUUAUUAAAUGAAUCAGCCUGUGACAAAACAGAGCCUGUCAUGCUGCCCCCAGAACUACUAACCCCAACGGAAGGAGAUUUUGUAGUUCUGCCUUCUACAAAGGCUUCAGAGGCCCGUAUGGAAAAGAAUAUUGUUGCUACUUUUAUUUUGAUGCUGAAACAUUUUAUCCAGAGACAUCAGAUCAAUCAGGAGAAUCUUAUUCAUUCACAUGGAGUAGCCACGUUGGGGGCCUUGCUACAGAAGGUACCAGGACACUUUAUGGAUGUGAAUGUGCUAAUGUCACUCCAGUUACUAAUAGAGCAAGUGUCAGUAGAGAAGAAUACUCCCCUGCUACAACAAAUGUACCAGUAUCUGCUUUUUGACUUCCGUAUCUGGAAUCGUGGAGAUUUCCCCUUCCGAAUUGGGCACAUACAGUACUUGUCCACCAUCAUAAAAGACAGCAAAAAACUCUUCCGCAAAAAGUAUGGUGUUCAGUUUCUGCUGGAUACAAUCCGGAUAUACUACAGCAAAGAAACUUCAUUGACGUCAGAAGAUCUAACAACCAUUAGAACGUCUUUGUUUGGACUCAUUAAAUAUUUUCUGAGCAAAGGCGGGACCCAGGAGGAGAUUCAGAGUAUAAUUGGUUACAUAGCAGCGACCAGUGAUGAACAACAGCUGUCUGGUAUUUUAGAGAUUAUCUACCACCUCCUGACAACUCCCACAAUAGAUCAGCUUUUCCUGCUUUUGUUUGAGCCAGGGAGCGCUGAUAUUCUGUAUGCUUUGCUGUUGAAUCAAAGGUACUCUGACCGACUUAAAGAACUUGUGUUCAAGAUAUUCGAACAGAUGCUAAACUGCAGCAAGGUUUAUGAGAAAAGCAAACAAAGGAUUCGGCUGAGAGAAGUGGGAUAUUCAGGGCUAGGAUUGCUAAUAAAUGAAGCCCAUGUCUCUACAUUACUGAUAAAAGGACUACUUAAUCAGAUCAUUAGGGCAGAUCCAGUUAUAAACUAUAAAGAUUUGCUAGCAGUUGUGCAUAUGUCCCACAAAUCUGACCUGUCUGUACGCGUGGCCGUUUGUAGAAAGGUUCUGCAGCUCCUACAGUUCUUACCAGACGCAGCUUGUCAGAUUGCCCAACAAGUUGGCUGGCAGGACACUUUUGUUAGAUUCUUCUCGAAGGAAAAUUCCGAAUUCAAGAGCAAUUUCAAAGUGAAUUGUACGGAAAGUAUUAAAGAGGAAGAUAAAAACAGCACAACUGAGGAGUCUCGAAGAAGUUAUUCAGGAAGGGUGACUGUAGAUAAAACCGAUAACUUUAUUUCAAAUAGUAAUACUAAUCAGAGCUGGUGCUCUGAAGAAUCCAGGUGUUUGAACUCAAGUAUCCAGUCUAAUUGCACACUGCUGGAUGGCGAUGACCCUUCUUUCAGUGAAGCUCAGCUCAGGGUUGAAGACCCAGACAUGUGGCCCAGUGAUCAUUCCCAUCUAACACUAGAACUGACUUCUUUUGACUUGCCGGAUACGGAAGAUCCAACACCCGGAAGCCUGACCAGUACUCCAUCACCAAUAGAGUCUUCUAAAUCUUUUCCUGUUGACCGACUAGAGAAAGAGUCUGUUAAUUCUGAUAAUAUACUCUUCAGGGAUGACUUCUCCCUAACUCUGAACUUGGAAAGCAAAGAGGACUGUGAAGAGGAGCUUGUCCAGCUGCUUACAGACAUUCUACUCUGCCUGAUGUGGAAAGGCCUUGACAAAUGUGACCAUGUGACGUGGAUAGAACGAGGACAAGUAUUCGCAGCGCUCACGAACCUUGGGACGUCUAAUGAACUAUUACGACCUUCAGAUGAAAUCAAGCUUAAUUUACUGGAGAGGAUGCCUGAAUGGGCUGUAACCGAGAACAGAGACCCCAAAUCACAAAUUCACGCUGAAAAUGCUAACAGAUUGUUGCAUAUUGUACAAGACUUCCUGCAGUCAGAGGGCUGUGUAAACCUCUCGUUAUGGACAGAAAAGCUGUUGGAAGAGAUAGUGACUCUCAUGGAUAGUCUGUCAGUGUGGUACCCAGCUGGACUUGAAUCAGAGACCCUAUCUCAAGUAGAAUUCCGUCUUCUGCUUGGCUUCAUUGCCCAGGAUAAUUUGCAGGUAUGUGCUAUGGCCACAGCAAAGCUGAACACCUUACUGCAGACCAAAGUGAUUGAGAACCAAGAAGAAGCUUGUUUUCUGCUGGGGAAGUUGGAGGGAAUCCUCAGCAAAUCCAUCCGAGAGAAAUCAGAAACGUAUUCAUUCCUUGUUCCCAUUGUGAGAACUUUGGUGUCUAAAAUCUAUGACUUGCUUUUCAUGAAUCUCCAUCUACCAUCCCUUCCAAUUACUAAUGGCAGUCCUUCCUUAUUCGAAGACUUCCAGGAAUAUUGCAGUUCUGAAGAAUGGAGGAUCUUUAUAGAUAAAUAUAUUAUACCAUACAUGAAACAGUAUGAAGUGGAUACAUUCAGCAAAAGUCAUGAGCAGAUGGCACUGUACUGGAAGGAAUGUCAUGAGGCGCUCAUGGUGAAUAUCCACAGGCGGGAAAGAGAGCGUGGUGAAAGCAAGCUCAAAUUUCAGGGGUUUUUCCUGGAGCCAUUUAAUAGGAAGGCCCGGCAGGAGAACUUGCGCUACAACAGUAUGUUGAAACAAAUCAACAGCCAGUGCACAGCGACUUUAAGACAGUGGAAAGCUGCUCAAAGAUACUUCACUUGUGAACGUGGCCCCUGGUCAGAAAGGAAAGAUAAUGGGGAACAUUGGAAACUUUCCAAUGUUGAGAAUUACUCACGAAUGAGGCUCAAACUGGUUCAAAACAACAAUUUCGAUCCCCAUUCUGAAGCAAGUAAUUUGCGUGAUAACCUGGGCAUUCAGCAAGCUGAAACAACAAGCGAGUCACUAUUGCUGGAAGCUGUAAAGCAGGUGAAAGUUAGUGACUUCGAAGAUGAUGGACUUGAGCUUUCUGAGGAAGAGAACACGGUUACAGUAAGUGAGAAAGAAGAGCAGAGUCAAAAGGAGAAAACAGUGCUGUCUGAGGAGUGUGAACUCAUCACUAUAAUGGAGGUGAUUUCUGGUCGAUUAGAGGUCACAACUCAACAUAUAUAUUUCUAUGAUAGCAGCACGGAAAAAGAAGAAGGUGUUGGUUAUGAUUUCAAGUGGCUCCUUUCUCAGAUCAGAGAGAUUCACCUGCGUCGGUACAACUUAAGGAGAUCGGCCUUGGAAAUAUUUCUUAUUGACCAAACUAAUUACUUCUUAAAUUUCAAAAAAGAGGUCAGAAAUAAGGUAUACAGCCGCAUUCUUUCAUUACGUCUUCCAAAUCUAUAUGGGUCCCGAUCACCACAGGAGCUGCUUAAGGCUUCUGGUCUGACACAGAAAUGGGUGAACAGGGAGAUUUCAAACUUUGACUACCUCAUGCAAGUGAACACAAUAGCUGGGAGGACAUACAAUGAUCUUGCACAAUAUCCAGUUUUCCCAUGGGUGCUGCAAGAUUAUACAUCAGAGGAGCUGGACUUAAACAACCCAGCUGUCUUCCGGGACCUGUCCAAGCCCAUUGGUGUGGCGAAUGAGAAAAAUGCAGCGGCUGUACGAGAGAAAUACGAAAAUUUUGAAGAUCCUUCUGGAAAGAUUGACAGUUUCCACUAUGGUACACAUUAUUCCAACUCUGCUGGCGUCAUGCAUUAUUUGAUUCGUGUGGAACCCUUCACUACAAUGCACAUCCAGCUUCAGAGUGGAAGAUUUGACUGUGCUGACCGACAGUUCCACUCCAUUCCUGCCACUUGGCAAGCUCUUAUGGAUAAUCCAAACGAUGUGAAGGAACUCAUUCCAGAGUUCUUCUACUUUCCCGAGUUUCUGGAAAACAAAAAUGGAUUUGAUUUGGGAAGGCUGCAGAUAUGUAAAGAGCAGAUAGACAAUGUUAUUCUCCCAAAAUGGGCCAAAAGUCCUGAAGAUUUUAUCCACAAGCACAGGAAAGCACUGGAGUCCGAGUAUGUUUCUGCGCAUCUUCAUGAAUGGAUAGAUUUGAUCUUUGGUUACAAGCAGAGAGGACCAGCAGCUGUGGAGGCUCUCAAUGUUUUCUACUAUUGUAGCUACGAAGGUGCUGUGGAUCUAGAUACCAUUGCAGAUGAGAAAGAAAGAAAAGCAAUAGAAGGCAUGAUUAAUAACUUUGGUCAAACACCUUGCCAGCUCUUAAAGGAACCUCAUCCUGCUCGGUUAUCUGCAGAGGAAGUGUUAAUGAGACAGGCUAAACAAGACAAUGCACCACUGAACUUAUUCCAAAACCUCACAGAGCUGAAAUCCUUUUUCAUGAAGGGAAUCAGCGAUGACAUCCCUGUUGUUAAAACCAUUGUUCCAAAGAAUCAGCUGCGUUCCUUUAUAACUCAGGGAAGUCCAGAAACAUUGGUGACAAUAAAUCAAAACCUAAUUAUUGGAACUCAUGGAUGGCUGCCUUAUGACAAGAAUAUUUCCAAUUAUUUCACCUUUACCAAGGAUCAGACUGUGACUAAUCAAAAAACCCAGCGCUUUGUAUCUGGUCCAUUCGCUCCUGGACUUGAGAUUAGCUCCAAACUGUUUGUGGUGUCUCAUGAUGGGAAAGUGCUGUUCAGUGGAGGCCACUGGGAUAACAGCAUUCGAGUGACAUCACUGGCAAAGGGCAAAGUGAUUGGACAACACAUUCGUCACAUGGACAUUGUAACAUGCCUAGCCACAGACUACUGUGGUAUACAUCUCAUAUCUGGGUCUCGAGAUGCCACGUGCAUGAUCUGGCAAAUCUCACAGCAGGGUGGUGUUUCUGGUGAUCUGUCUACAAAGCCUUUGCAGAUUCUGUAUGGACACACAGAUGAAAUCUCAAGUGUUGCCAUUAGCACUGAGCUAGACAUGGCUGUUUCUGGUGCCAGGGAUGGAAUGGUGAUUAUCCAUACGAUCCGACGAGGCCAGUAUAUGAGGACACUGAAGCCACCAACUGAUAGUUCUCUUGUCAUGACGAUUCCCAAUUUGGCUGUGUCCUGGGAUGGACAUAUUGCCAUCCACAGCAGCCUGGAAGGCAAAGGAAGGCUUAAGAACAAGAAUGCCUUACAUCUGUACAGUGUAAAUGGAAAGUACCUGUGCUCUGAGAGCCUGAAGGAACAGAUACUGGAUAUGUGUGUGACCGGAGAGAACAUUGUGACUGGCAGUCGCCAGGGACAUCUUUCCAUACGUGAUCUAUACAGCUUGAGUCUCAGCAUCGCACAUAUCACCAUGCGAGUUCCUAUCCAUUGUGUUUCUGUGACUAAGGAGAACAGCCACAUCUUGGUGGGGUUGGAGGACGGUAAACUGAUCAUUGUUGGUGUUGGUAAACCAGCAGAGGCAAAGUCAGGUCAAAUAUCUCGAAAGCUUUUUGGUUCUAGCAGACGACUUAGCCAGAUCUCCUCUGGAGAAACAGAAUAUAACACACAAGAUUCUUAACUUGUCUCUGACAGUAAUUCCUGAGAAUGACAAUGAACAAAGGCAUUUAUUGAUGACCUCUACGCACUGCCUUGUGGAGGACUCACAAGGUGAAUUUAAAGGGUACACACUACAGUACAAGACAGACCUGCUCCGCCGAGUACUUCUAUUUAAAAUGAAUUCAAGUCCUUCACCUGU